CAUUUUUAUUUAUGUUAAAGAUUAGUUCUUUUCUUAGUUUGUUCUUAGAUUCUUCUCUUUUGUUGUUUGUUUGCUUACCAUUGGAGCAAUGCUUCUCUUGCUUUUAACUCUUUUAUCCAAAUCUUUGUGAGUUUGGUUUGAGGUCCGGGAGUAGAUUUAGUUCCAAUAAAACACUUUUUCUUUUUUAAAUUUUUUAGUCUGUAGAUCUGAAGGCAUCUUCUUGACUCCCGGGUAAUGGAUUUCAAGAAAUAAAGCUUUGCUGUUGCUUGGCUGUCAGCCUUUUCAUUUUGACCUUUUUCUUUGCUUCUCACCUGCUCUUUGAUAUUUUGUUUAGAAUACUCACCAAUGCCUUGUUAAUUUGUUCUUGAAUUCUUCUUUUUUUGAAGAUUUAGCUUUAAAAAAUCGGUUAUAUAUAUAUAUAUAUUUAUAUAUUUAUUCAGAACUGAAGGAAGAACACUUGUUCAUUUUCUUCAGUUCCUGGUCUAAUGGCUAAAGACUAUGUUGGAACUCCCAAGAUUCACCAUUUGGAAUCAAAGAGAAAUCGUCUCACUUGGAUCCUUGGUGUCAGUGGUCUUUGCAUUCUCUUCUACAUUCUUGGAGCUUGGCAGAGCCCAACUUCCUCUACAACCAUUCCCAAAACUACAUCCAAUUUGGCAAGCACAGAAUCCUGUGAUACUAGCUCCAAUGUCAAUUUGAGUCCUAAGGCUGCAUCAUCAAUGUCUUCAUUGUCUUCUCCUGACCUUGAUUUUGAAGCUCACCAUACUGCAAGCCUCGAUGAGGCCGUACCCACUGCAGUACAGAGCUUUCCAGUUUGUCCUAUGAACUUCAGUGAAUAUACUCCUUGUCAGGAUACAACGAGAGGCAGGAGGUUUGAUAGGAAAAUGCUGAUAUAUAGAGAAAGACAUUGUCCUGAAAAGGAUGAGCUUGUUAAGUGUUUGAUCCCUGCUCCUCCAAAGUACAAGACACCCUUCAAAUGGCCUCAAAGCAGGGACUAUGCUUGGUAUGAUAAUAUUCCUCAUAAGGAACUCAGCAUUGAGAAGGCUGUUCAGAAUUGGAUUCAAGUUGAAGGUGACAGAUUCCGAUUUCCUGGAGGUGGCACGAUGUUUCCUCGUGGCGCCGACGCUUAUAUUGAUGAUAUAAAUGCACUAAUUCCGCUUACAAAUGGUGGUAUUAGGACUGCAUUAGAUACUGGAUGUGGGGUUGCUAGCUGGGGGGCAUUUCUUCUGAAGAGGGAUAUUUUGGCAAUGUCGGUUGCACCUCGAGAUACACAUGAGGCACAGGUGCAGUUUGCAUUGGAACGAGGAGUUCCGGCUAUGAUCGGAGUCAUAGGAUCUCUGAGAUUAACAUUUCCGGCAAGAGCAUUUGACAUGGCUCAUUGUUCUCGCUGUUUGAUACCCUGGUAUGCUUAUGAUGGAUUAUACUUAAUCGAAGUAGACAGAGUUCUAAGGCCCGGAGGGUAUUGGAUUCUCUCCGGUCCUCCAAUCCACUGGAAGAAGUAUUACAAAGGUUGGGAGAGAACACAAGAGGAUUUGAAACAAGAACAAGAUUCAAUCGAGGCGGUUGCAAAGCGCCUCUGUUGGAAAAAGGUGAUCGAAAAGGAUGAUCUUGCCAUUUGGCAAAAGCCUAUGAACCACAUAGAAUGUAUAGAGAGCCAACAGAGCUACAAAACACCACCAAUGUGCAAGGCUGGUUAUGCAGAUGAUGCCUGGUACAAAAAGCUGGAGGUCUGCGUCACCCCAUUACCUGAAGUGAACAAUGCAGAAGAAGUUGCUGGAGGUGAGCUUGAGAAAUGGCCGGAACGUGCAUUUGCUGUGCCACCGAGAAUAAGAACUGGCACAAUUCCAGGAAUAACUGCAGAGAAAUUCCAAGAGGACAACAAUAUCUGGAAAGAGAGAGUGGCAUACUACAAGCGCAUUGUUCCACUGAUAUCUCAGGGUCGAUACCGAAAUGUGAUGGACAUGAAUGCCAACUUGGGAGGAUUUGCAGCGGCACUAGUGCAGUAUCCUGUCUGGGUGAUGAACGUUGUCCCUACCAUUGCAGACAUUGAUACACUUGGUGCAAUCUACGAGAGGGGUUUCAUCGGUUCAUAUCAGGAUUGGUGUGAAGCUUUCUCAACAUACCCAAGAACUUAUGACCUCAUUCAUGUUGAUGGUGUUUUCAGCAUGUAUCAAGACAGGUGUGACGUGACAUACAUUCUCCUGGAGAUGGAUAGGAUUUUGAGGCCAGAAGGGACAGUGAUAUUCAGAGACAAAGUGGAUACAUUGGUGAAGAUUCAGGAGCUAACUAAUGGAAUGAGAUGGACCAGUAAAAUCAUGGACCAUGAGAGCGGACCAUUCAAUCCUGAGAAGAUCCUUGUGGCAGUAAAAACCUACUGGACUGGAGAAACCACUCAAGAACAAUAACUGCAGUUUUAUAUUACCAUAUUUUCCAACAUUUUCCGGACCAUGUUUACAUUGAAUUAGUAUUGCAAAUUGCUUGAGAAAUUGUGAUUGGAGUCUUAGAAUGUGUUGUUUUCUCUGUUUUUUUUUGUUUCUGUUGAUCAUCACCCAAUUUGUUCAAGCUCUGAAACUCUGAAUUGCAGAGAAAGAGCUUUUUAGGAUCAUGCUUAGAGAGGUUGGUGAUUUGUUUCUCUUAUUGUAAACUAUAUACAUAUAUAUAUGUUUAGUAUACUCUAUGUAAUGCUGUUACCAGUGAAACAUUUUACCAGAAAUUGCAAGAAUAAAUUUGUAAACUUAU